AUGAUCAACGUGUGGGUAGUGUCAGGGAGGAGGGCCAGCUUGCCUUGUCUGGCGAAACCGAAAUUGGAAAGUGACCAACCUCUUCUAGUCCUUUGGUAUCGCCCAUUCAGCAGCUCCCUACCCAUUCACAGUUACGACGCUCGUGUGGGAGACUUCUCCAACGGCGUCAGGUGGUGGGACGAAGUGGCCCUGGGCAAGCGGGCCUAUUUCGUGCCCUCCAGCACGCCCUCGCUGGUGCUCGAACCCGCCCACGCCCACGAUCAGGACGUCUACACGUGCAGGAUCGAUUACCGCGUUUCGACGUCCACGACAACCAGGGUCAAUCUCACGGUCGUCGUGCCCCCUGGCCCCCCUGUGGUGAUGUGGGAAGGCCGAGAGAUGGUGGGGACAGUAGGACCCCUGCAGGAGAACCAACUGACGGAACUGACCUGUAGGAGCGUGGGAGGGAGUCCUGCGCAAUCUCUCAGCUGGUGGAAUGAAGGAAGGGAACUCCCCCUCCUGCACUCUCACUCCUCUUGGGAUCCUGUGACAGGAACGAGUGUAGUCGAAGCCACGCUGUCAGUCACAGCCAAAAGGGAACUCCAGGGUGGGUCUCUAACUUGCUACGCCCACACGCCCACACACGUCAACGCCUCGGAGGGUGCCAUAAUUCCUCCACGGAGUGCCUCUGUGUCCCUCAAUAUCACACGUGAGUGCCAGUGGCGGGUGUUUACUGUAUAGUUCUUAUGUCUGGGA